UUUACUUUUACUUACUACUUGGUUUUACAAAAUUUCUUUUGCUAUUGUUAGAAAUUCACUUUACUUAUCCUAUAAUUGUGAUAUUUUACCGCCGCACUUUUUAAAACAGGAACAUAUUUUUAUGAUUUACAAAAGGACAUUAUACAUUAAAAUGGAACACAAAACUAUAGAUUUGACUAAAAUGUACCGAGAGACCCUAAAAGAAAAACUGUUCAGAUUUCUUGCAAUUUUCAUGAUAUUCUUGUUUCCGAUGACCUUGUUGAUUUGUUUUAAGGUUGUGAAACAGUACAAAAGAGCAGUAAUUUUACGUUUUGGACGAGUGAGAAGUGAUUCUCCCGCUGGGCCUGGUAUCAUUUGGGUAGUGCCUUGUACGGACAAUAUUACAUUUAUCGAUCUCAGGACUCAAUCCUUCAAUUUACUGCCACAGGAGAUCCUCACGAAAGACUCUGUAACGGUUACUGUCGACGCUGUGAUUUACUGUCAUGUUCAGAAACCCUUACACUGUUUGCUUCAUGUCCAAUCAUAUAAAUACGCGACAGAGCUAUUGGCUAUCGCUAUUUUAAGAAAUAUUUUGGGUCAGUACACACUGUCGGAUCUGUUGACAAACCGUGAAUCAAUCAGUGUUUCGAUUCGCAAUGAAAUUGAUAAAGGAACCGCCGAGUGGGGCGUUGAAGUGGAACGCGUGGAAAUAAAGGAUGUAAUAUUGCCUUUUGAUUUACAAAAAGCAAUGGCAGCGGAGGCUGAAGGAACUCGAAUUGCCAAAGCGAAAAUCAUAGAAGCCCAGGGGGAAAUAAAGGCUGCAGAAAAUUUAAGAGAUGCCUCAAAAAUCAUGCUCGAAACUCCGCAAACCAUACUUCUCAGAUAUUUGCAAACCUUAAAUUUUAUUGCAUCGCAAAAUAAAACAUCAAUUUUAUUCCCAUUUCCAAUAUCGAUUCCCGAACAACAAUGA